GCGGGGCGGCGGAUUCGCGUUAAAGGGAAGAGACCAGUAUGGUUGAAAACUCUCCAGCCCCGUUGCCAGAAAGGGCAAUAUAUGGAUUUGCUCUGUUUUUAGGAUCGUGGUUUGGCUUUAUGUUGUAUCUUAUCUGGGCAUAUGUUCCCGAGACUUGGCUGUUCUCAUUGGGACUAACAUACUGGCCUCAAAAAUACUGGGCAGUUGCUUUGCCAGCGUACCUACUAGUUGCUAUAGGAAUUGGUUAUAUAUUACUUUUCGGUAUUAACAUGAUGAGUACAGCUCCACUUAACUCCACACAUACCAUUACAGAUAACUAUGCAAAAAAGCAGCAACAGAAGAAAUUUCAAGAAGAAGCAAUUCCAGCAUUGAGGGAUAUUCCCAUCAGUGAAGUAAACAGAAUGUUUUUCCUUCCUGAAAAAGGAAUCUGCAAUAGCAGAUAGUCGUUAUUAAGAUCUGUUUGAAUAAAGGAUUAGUAGAAGUAUUACGUAAGGAAAAUCAAAACCUCUCCAAGCUAAAAAAACCCUUCUUUCUGCUUGUAGAACAAAGCUGCUUUUUUUUCUGAAUUUCUAACUAAAUUUAUGUUAACACAUUUCAUUGAGAUGGCUUGAUUUUAUUUAUUAUGCAUGCAUCUUGAUAACCUGCAUUGGUAUGAGAAUUAUGCCACAUGAAUUUAUCUAACCAUUCUUCUAAGUUUAAAAUAGCAUUCUAUUACUUUUAGAUUUCUGCUUGUAAUUUCUCUCUGAGAGUGAAAGAAAUAGUUUUGGACAUAGAUUAAUUCUAUUUCCCUUUGAAUUCAGGGAGAGAAAAUAUGUUCCUCUAGUCAAAUGCUUAAGGAUUUUUUUUUUUUAACAAGUUAUGUUAAUUUGAAGUGUUUACUUUGUAGAUACGCAUGUUUUGUUUGUAAAUAUUAAUAAAAUGUAGCUAAUUUUUACUUGUUAAAAUUAGCCAUUUUUCUGUGGUUCUAUGAUAUUUGUCCUGGAUAAAGGUGUAUAGUGGUCCAUUUUUAUUUAUGCAAUUCUUUACUCAGCAAAAUAUGUUGAUUCCCAGCCCCACCCCAAAUUGGUGGGCUUAUUGAAAUAUCAAGAUUACCAGAAAUGAGGAAGGUGGGUUGUGAAGAUUUCCUGAAACAAGUCUUGAAAUGACUUUUUUUUUUAACCAUUCUUAAGAAUACUGAAAACUAGGUUCAAGGAAAUUUCUAGAAAUACAGGAACCAACAGGUCCAUCUUAUUAUAGUCUAGGUUAUAGCACAAAGCACAAUAACUUGUUAUGGCAGUGGUUCAGAGGUUUCUUAAACAGUGAAUUUUCUUUCAUCUAUGCAUUACUGAGCAGAGACACAAUUUUUAUUUCCUUCCAAGAGUCACAAACCCAGGUAUCUUCAGUAGUCAAGGUUAUUUAGUAUGGUUAUAAAGACCAGUGAGUGAAGCCUCAUUAUUGUUUGUUAGGUCUAUAGGCCAACUUCUGACCAGCAGAGAAUUCAGUUCAAAACAUCACUAUUUAAUUUCCAAAAUUUCUUAUUAUCUUUUAAAUUUGUGUGAAGAAUUGUAUGCCAGUUCUUUAGAAAUCAGUCAAAACAACCGUCAGUUGUUGUGGGAAGUCUGAAGACCUGGUAACAAUCGAUCUGAUAUGAAUAUGAAAUUUGUAAUUUCAUGGUCGUCUAGUCUUUAGUAGUUUGCUAUUUUUUCCACCUGCAUAUGAAGAAAAAAAACAUGCUAGGUAUUAUGGGUAGGAGAAAAAUACCUUCUUAAUGAAGGAAAAAAUGCUUUUCAACAUUUCACUCUAAAAUAGUUGAUUUUAUGUAUAUUGUUGUUUGGGGGCAUUUCAUAAGAAUGCAUAUUUGUACCUAAGCUUAAUGACCGUAAAUUAGUACAAUGUUUAUUUGUUUGAUAGUUGUAGACUUCUUUGUGAAGUUUUGUUUUUUUAGUUUGCCCCCAGCUGCUACUAUUUCCCCCUUCUGCCAUGAUUUUGCCCUUCUAUUAAUUUUAAUUUACGUGCUCAAACACCCAUACAUAGGGUGAAUUCAAGAUUUUAUGAUCAACAGACAUGAAGAUCUAUUUACUCUUUUGUCAAUUCUCUAAUCACUGAAGACAUUGUAGACACUGAAGUAUUGACUGUAAUCUUUUUUUUCCUGUGUAAUUUCUACCUGUGUUCUAUGUUCCUUUUGCUUUCUGAGAAAGCAAUUUCGUUUUUAAUUCUAAGUUGACAACAAGUGAAGGCCACGUUUCUGGUAUUAUUUGAUGUAAGGAUUAAUUUAGUCCCUUGUUAAGGAUACCCAAAUCCCUUCAGGAUAAAGAAAAGCUACUGGAAAAUGCCCUCAAGCCCUGAAAGCACACAAAUUAAAGGACUGUAAACCUUGGACAAAGAUUGUAUCAGUGAUGAAUCUGCCAUUUCAUUUAACUGCAGACCUCACAAUUAUGGGAAAACUAACAGAGGCACCUAAGUGAGUAGGCAAACUGGGGCCAUUUGUUUAAGUAAAACUUGCAGGCAUGAAACUCAAUCUUUGCUUUUCUGUCACUACUGUGUAGCGGUGCCUCAAAGACACUGUAGUGACCUUUUUUUCAACUUAGGAGUAAUGUUUGACACUUCAGAAAUCACCUCUGUGAUCAAAAUAAAACCAGGUAACACCACGUAUACGGACUAAUGAAUAUAUUGUAGGGAACUGCAGGUGUUUGUUAUCCGUCAUUUCACAGUCUUGCCUAUGACUGUGAUUAAGGAAAAGAUACACAACUCUGCCAGCAAAGAGAAGAGAGAUUCUGGCUUUUGUAAAUAUACAGCACACUUAUAGCUAUAGUUAUUUAGUGAGAUAUAGAUUUUGCCUUAGAUGAUAUUCAGAAAAAAAACCUGAAGGGAUUGAACUGUGUUGCUAGUAGUUCCUUUCUUUACAAAACAUACCUGUUCAAUGACUGGAUAUCAGGUAUCCAUUCUUCUUGGAGACUGAGGAAAAACUAAACAAAUAAAGGCAAAACCCUAAAUUUGCCCCCAUUUUCACCCUUCUGACUUAUUGGUGGUGUAUUGUUAUAGCACAACCAGUAGUAACCAGUAGAGUUAGACCAACUGCAUUGUCCCUGCUGAAAUAAACCAAAUCAUGAAACUUCA